CCUGUCAGUCACAGGUGAGGGUGGACGGUGGAAGGAGUUGGGUGAAAAGGGCCGGAGACUGCAGCGAACCCGGGCUGAUGCCAGAGCCGUGCGGAGGAGCAGCAUCGAGCCUGCGGAUGUAGCAGAAACUCUCCACGGCUUCUCCCGCCGGGAUGCGACCCAGAACCGACACAUGAGGCACCGCGGGGCUCCGCCGGGGAGUAGCACGACACGUGGAUGAACUGACGCCGACUUCUCUUCGUUUCUCACCGGGAAGAGCCGAGCAGACUUCUGGGAAAAAUGGCCGUUCGCGGCAACUCGCUGAUGCCGUUCUCAAUCCAGGCCAUCCUCAACAAGAAGGACGACGGUCGACACCUGCCAGAUUUGGACAUGUGCUUCUCCAAGACGGCGUGCUGGAAAAUAUUCGGGGAGAUGAACGGCGGGUCCCGGAGAGACGAGGCGCAGGCGCGUGAGCCGCCGGACCAGAAGGGCUACGACUCGGACUCGGGACUCAGCGACGACGCCGACAGCAAGACCCCGGCCGGGUGCAAGUCGGGGAAGGACGGGGAGCCGGCGUCCGAUGUGCCGGAGGAGAGCUUGCAGGAGGAAACGGACCACGAGUCUGCGGCCGCGGAGAACGCGAAGAGCGACAGCGAGCCGAACAACGCGACGGACUGCGGCGCGCCGGACGGGAGGAGCCCGGACCAGCCCAAGCAGCGGAAGAAGCGCUCCCGCGCGGCCUUCUCUCACGCGCAGGUCUUCGAGCUGGAGCGUCGCUUCAACCACCAGCGGUACCUGUCCGGGCCCGAGCGGGCCGACCUGGCGGCCUCCCUGAAGCUCACGGAAACCCAGGUCAAGAUCUGGUUCCAGAACCGGCGGUACAAGACGAAGCGCCGCCAGAUGGCCGCCGACCUGAUGGCGUCCACCCCGGCGGCCAAGAAGGUGGCGGUGAAAGUGUUGGUGCGAGACGACCAGAGACAGUACGGCCCGGGGGAGAUCCUGCGGCCCCCGCUGCUCUCCCUGCAGCCGUCCUACUACUACCCGUACGCGUACUGCCUCCCCGCGUGGACGCUCUCCGCGUGUGCGGGGAAUCCGUGACAAUCUGUGGCUAUUUAUUCCUUCCCACAACUGACUGACUGUUUCCCUGAGCAGAGGAUGAGACCCGGGGGACUAAUCUCACCGUGGGGCCUCGGGCCACGUCGCGGCUCCCCAACCGCUUCCACGUCCUCAAAUACUCACAAAUACUCCCCCGUUUGUGUAGUACACGGCCGUGAGCGGGGAGAGCGGACCUCCUUUUUAAAAUGUAGUAUUUUGACCUCUGAGGAGUGACACUAUUAACUUUUGAAGUAUUCCUUUCUCUGCCCGGGAGCCCCGCGAGGACCUCCGAGGCUCCGCGGACCUCGCUUUGGGAACCUGCGGCCUGAACUGACAGAAAAUGUCCCGUGAUGUUGGUUUAUAUUUGACACGCGUCUUCCUACCUCUGCAGUGAUUGGAAAUAGACCCUUUCCUUUGACGUUACAUUUAACUGUCUGUUACAGGUGUUUUUUCGUUGCUGUGUUUGCAAAGGUAAGAUGUUUCAGCACUUUGGAGCUAUUUACGUGACGUCACUUUGAUGUAAAAUGCAUUGUGGUCGCGUGGGGAUGACAGGAGGCGCUCCUGUGUUAUUGGCCUAAAGGUGAUAAAACAGAGCCGCUCUAAUUGAAAUGUACAUGUGUUAUUCGUGUAAAAUGACUGAAAGAAACAUUAAAACAUAUCAGGCAUUACCUUCA